GAAAUUCUCAAGAGAGUGUUUAGUCUUAUGAAUCCCUCUAUCCCAUAUGCAUUGCACUACUUUAUAUAGUGGAAACUCAUACUGACAUCUAUUCCUCAGAAAGGUGUAUAAAAGCAUGUUUUUAUACAGAAUUUAUGUGAAAACACUUGUGAAAUAAUACAUGUACUAAGAUCAUGUGACUGCAAAUGUGGACAAAAUGGCAGACAAAGUGUCUGAAAAUGAGGAUAAAAUAAAAAAUGCUCAAAUUAUCUGGGAUUUUAUGCUGAUGGGACAUAAAUUAUCAAAGGCUGAUUUGAUUCUAGUACUUGGCAGCCAUGAUAUCAGAGUGGGAGAAUAUGGGGUUCAGUUGUUCAAAGAUGGAUGGGCCGCUCGCAUCAUGUUCAGUGGUGGAUUAGGCAAUCUUACACAUGGUAUAUGGGAUAAAUCAGAGGCAGACAUUUUUUCAGAUAUCGCAAUUAAAUCAGGCGUUCCACCAGAUUGUAUUCUGAUUGAAAACAAAUCAACAAAUACUGGAGAAAAUGUGAGAUUUUCUUAUGAAAUACUCAAAUCUAGGAAUCUUCUUCCAAAAAGUAUCAUACUUGUGCAGAAGCCUUAUAUGGAGAAAAGAACCUUUGCAACAUUUAAGAAACAAUGGCCAAGUAGCGCUGAUGAUGUCACAAUAUCUGUGACAUCACCACAAUUGACAUUUAGUGAAUACCCAAAUGAUGGUGUUGGUGGAGUUGAUAAUGUCAUCAAAAUAAUGCUUGGUGAUUUGAAAAGGAUCCCUGAAUAUGCGGAAAAGGGUUUCCAAAUACCAAUGGAGGUCCCAGCUGAUAUUUGGAAAGCAUAUGAUAAUCUUGCAAUGCUUGGACUUGCACCAUUCGAGACAAGAUAUUUUGGGAAUGCUAUACAAGAAUACAAAGAGCUUAAUAAAAACUAAUCUUGCAAAAAUACAGGUUUAUCAAUUUUGAUUAUUC